AAACAAGUUUGUCAUCAGUCUCUAUGCCCUUCUGCUGCAAACGGAAAAUCGGAAAUCAGUCACUAUUCUUCACUCACCACCGCCGCUGCAACUAAAGGCUCAGUUAUAAGGGCAAAUUCUUUGGAGGUUUUAUAUUGAGACAUCACAUUUGGAGUCUGUUAACUCAAAAUUUAAUGUUAUUCAACUCCGAUUGAUCCUUUUCCCCCUCUCCUUUCCUUUCUUCUACUUUGUCCCAGAUUUCUUCGUGCCACUGUCAGUUCUUUACCUUACGGUACGGAAAUUCCCAGUUUUCUCUCAGAAAUUCAUAUAACCGAACGAAGAAUGUUGGACUGAUUCUGGAGAGCUUUGGUUAAAGAUAUUGACGCGAGAGCAGCUAGUCUUAGUAGUUAUCCACCGGGGUGUUCGUCGGGCCAAGAUCUAAAGAUCCAAAAAAAGCCAUCAGUUGUAACUGCAAAAAAUCACUUGGCCAGUUUACCUAUUCGUUUAUUUCCAGGUGGGAAGCAUGAAUUGAAGUGUUAGGUAUUGAAACUUACAAAGAACGUGGAUGGUGGAACACAGAAGAGAGGAGGAAAGCAUAUUCAGGAGAUCAUCUUCAUCAUCAACUAUUAGUAAAAUUAAGUAGUAACUGAGUAGAGUUGGAAGCUUGCAGUAGGAAUGGGGUGGGGAAGUGGAUUAUUCGAAGGCUGUGUGGUUGCUUUAUCGCUUGGGCUAUUGGGAUGGGCAGGACUGUGGUUCUUGAAUAGGAGGCUAUACAAGGAGUACGAAGAGAAGAGGGCUUUGGUUCAGAUCAUUUUCAGCCUUGUCUUUGCUUUCUCUUGUAAUCUCUUCCAGCUUGUCCUCUUCGAAAUUAUCCCUCUUCUCUCCCGCGAGGCUAGGUGGAUUAAUUGGAAGUUCGACUUAUUUUGCUUGAUUCUCUUGCUUGUAUUCUUGUUACCUUAUUAUCAUUGCUAUUUGAUGCUCCGCAACAAUGGUUUGAGAAAGGAACGGGCUGCACUUGGUGCUUUCUUAUUCUUAAGUGUUUUCCUGUAUGGAUUUUGGCGCAUGGGCAUCCACUUUCCAAUGCCUUCUCCUGAUAAAGGUUUCUUUACCAUGCCUCAGCUGGUUAGUAGAAUUGGGGUAAUUGGUGUCACAGUUAUGGCUGUCCUUUCUGGGUUUGGAGCUGUAAACUUGCCGUACAGUUAUUUGUCUCUCUUCAUUAGAGAAAUUGAGGAAACGGAGAUCAAGGCGUUGGAAAGACAGCUUAUGCACUCAAUAGAGACUUGCAUUUCCAAGAAGAAGAGGAUCAUCCUUAGUCAGAUUGAGAUGGAACGAAUCCAAGGUUCCGAAGAGAAAUUAAAAGCUAGGUCUUUUCUAAAGAGGAUUGUGGGAACGGUUGUUCGAUCAGUUCAUGAAGACCAAAAGGAGCAAGAUAUCAAGGGCAUGGAAGCAGAGGUUCAAGCCUUAGAGGAACUUUCAAAGCAGCUCUUUUUGGAAAUCUAUGAGCUACGUCAAGCUAAGGAAGCUGCAGCUUAUUCUCGGACAUGGAAGGGUCACAUGCAGAACCUUUUGGGUUAUGCUUUGUCUGUAUAUUGUGUGUAUAAAAUGAUAAAGUCCCUUCAAAGUGUUGUCUUCAAGAAUGCUGGUUCCCUUGAUCCUGUGACCUUGACUAUCAGCAUAUUUUUGCAAUAUUUUGAUAUAGGCAUCAAUGCCACAUUAUUGUCACAGUAUAUAUCCCUCUUGUUCAUAGGGAUGUUAAUCGUCAUUUCAGUACGAGGAUUCUUAACGAACUUGAUGAAGUUCUUCUUCGCAGUUUCUAGAGUUGGGAGUGGAUCUUCAAGUAAUGUGGUGCUCUUCCUCUCUGAAAUCAUGGGAAUGUAUUUUGUCUCCUCCAUACUUCUGAUUAGGAAAAGCCUCCCUACUGAAUACCGGACAAUUAUAACAGAGAUAUUGGGGGGUGACAUCCAGUUUGACUUUUACCACCGCUGGUUUGAUGCAAUUUUUGUGGCUAGUGCUUUUCUUUCUUUGCUUCUGCUUUCGGCCCAUUACACGUCUCGUCAGGCUGACAAACACCCUAUUGAUUAAUUAUCUUACUUUGUUUUCCCCUUUUUGUGUUGACGUUGUUAAUAUAUUGUUACCAUUUGGGUGGGUAGAGUGAUAGUAGUUGAUGUAAAGAGAAAGAAAUUGGAGCUGUCAGAACUCUGAGAUUAUGGAAAUAUAUCACUUCGGCAUAUUUAUCACCCUAGUUUGAUCCUCAAUGCAAAUGUAUACACAUUUCUAUAAUCAGACUUGUAUAAAACCAUUGGGUUUUCACUUCCUUUUUCCUUUUUCA